UGAGGAAGGACCGCAAGGGGCGUGGGCGGAGGCUUCUGCGUGCAGGCGGGUACGGUUCUUCCCAGGCAGCAUGGCGGAUACAGCGCCUCAACUCAAGAGAAAGCGCGAACAGGAGGCAGAGGAGGAGGAAACCCCCAGCACAGAGGAGAAGGAAGCAGGCGUUGGCAAUGGCACUUCUGCCCCUGUCCGCUUACCGUUCUCCGGCUUUAGAGUACAAAAAGUGCUCAGGGAGUCUGCGCGGGACAAAAUUAUUUUCCUGCAUGGGAAGGUGAAUGAGGACUCUGGGGAUACUCACGGAGAAGAUGCGGUUGUGAUCCUGGAGAAGACACCAUUUCAGGUAGAACACGCGGCGCAGCUCCUAACGGGGAGCCCUGAGCUCAAGUUGCAGUUCUCCAAUGAUAUCUACAGCACCUAUAACCUGUUUCCUCCAAGGCAUCUGAGUGAUAUAAAAACUACCGUGGUGUACCCUGCCACAGAGAAACACCUGCAAAAAUACAUGCGUCAGGACCUCCGCCUGAUCCGAGAGACUGGAGAUGACUACAGGACCAUCACCUUACCCUAUCUGGAAUCCCAGAGCCUUAGCAUCCAGUGGGUAUAUAACAUUCUUGACAAGAAGGCUGAAGCUGACCGGAUUGUUUUUGAGAACCCAGAUCCUUCCGAUGGCUUUGUCCUCAUCCCAGACCUCAAGUGGAACCAGCAGCAGCUUGAUGACCUGUAUUUGAUCGCCAUCUGCCAUCGCCGGGGUAUCAGAUCACUUCGAGAUCUCACUCCAGAGCAUCUGCCCCUACUGAGGAACAUUCUCCGGGAAGGACAAGAAGCCAUCCUGAAGCGCUACCAGGUGGCCCGAGGCAGCCGGGAUGAUACUUCUCCCCAGGAACCCUGCUAUCUGCUGAGAAACAUGACCAGCAAAUCUCACUGGAAGCUCCUGGCCCUGGCUCUGAUCCUUGUUGUUGUCAUGGUGUGGUAUUCCAUCUCCCGAGAAGAUAAGUACAUUGAGUUCUUUUAUUUUCCCAUCUCAGAGAAGAAAGAGCCAUGCUUCCAGGGUGAGGCAGAGAGACAAGCCUCUAAGAUUUUUGGCAACCGUUCUAGGGAACAGCCCAUCUUUCUGCAGCUUAAGGAUUAUUUCUGGGUAAAGACACCAUCCACCUAUGAGCUGCCCUUUGGGACUAAAGGAAGUGAAGACCUUCUUCUCCGGGUGCUGGCCAUCACCAGCUAUUCUAUACCUGAGAGCAUAAAGAGCCUCGAGUGUCGUCGCUGUGUUGUGGUGGGAAAUGGGCACCGGUUGCGGAACAGCUCACUGGGAGGUGUUAUCAACAAGUACGAUGUGGUCAUCAGAUUGAACAAUGCUCCUGUGGCUGGUUAUGAGGGAGAUGUGGGCUCCAAGACCACCAUACGUCUCUUCUAUCCUGAGUCGGCCCACUUUGACCCUAAAAUAGAAAACAACCCAGACACGCUCUUGGUCCUGGUAGCUUUCAAGGCGAUGGACUUCCACUGGAUUGAGACCAUCUUGAGUGAUAAGAAGCGGGUGCGAAAAGGCUUCUGGAAACAGCCUCCCCUCAUCUGGGAUGUCAACCCCAAACAGGUCCGGAUUCUAAACCCCUUCUUUAUGGAGAUUGCAGCAGACAAGCUCCUGAGCCUGCCCAUACAACAGCCUCGAAAGAUCAAGCAGAAGCCAACCACGGGUCUGCUAGCCAUCACCUUGGCUCUACACCUCUGCGACUUAGUGCACAUUGCUGGCUUUGGCUAUCCAGAUGCCUCCAACAAGAAGCAGACUAUCCACUACUAUGAACAGAUCACACUUAAGUCUAUGGCGGGAUCAGGCCAUAAUGUCUCCCAAGAGGCUAUCGCCAUCAAGCGGAUGCUAGAGAUGGGAGCUGUCAAGAACCUCACAUACUUCUGACUUGGAUGGGAGCUGUAACACCUUGGUUCCCUACUUUGGCAUCUGAGUAGGCCCUGUCUACAGCUUAGGGGUACCUGGUGCCAGUACAAUCCAACUGAACUCACCCUCAAUGGAGAGGGAGUUCUGGGGCUGUCCAGGUCUCCAGAGAGGCUAUGCCCCUGCCUACUUUGGUGGAUUUCAAAUCCAGACAGGGUGGUCAUACUGAGGCUACAGGAGCCUGGCUAAAGGGGGCGGGGGGGCUGUUACCAUGGCAUCCCCUCUCUCAGCCAGCACAAAGAGCUGUUUUGUUUUGUAU